CUCAUUAUGUCCCUCGUAUCACUCUCUCUCUCUCUCUCUCUCUCUCUCUCUGUUUGCCUGAUUUCUUUCUAGCAACGAGAAGCAAAGAUGGGUGCUCUUGAUUACCUCUCUAACUUUUGUACUGUCACCACCACAAGAAGCAAACGCAAACCAAUGCAGACAGUUGAAAUCAAAGUGAAAAUGGACUGUGAUGGCUGCGAAAGAAGAGUUAAAAACGCUGUUAGCACCAUGAAAGGUGUAAAGACGGUGGAAGUGAACAGAAAACAAAGCAGGGUAGUAGUAAGCGGAUAUGUUGAUCCAAACAAGGUGUUAAAGAGAGUGAAGAGCACAGGAAAGAGAGCAGAAUUUUGGCCAUAUAUACCUCAACAUCUAGUUUACUAUCCAUAUGCAGCGGGUGCCUAUGACAAAAAGGCACCAGCAGGCUAUGUUCGCAAUGUUGUGCAAGCUUUUCCAGCAUCUAAUGCUGCUGAGGACAACUUUGUAUCUGUCUUUAGUGAUGAUAAUGUCCAUGCAUGUUCUGUCAUGUAAUAACUUUUCAUGAAUUUCUGCAAAAUGGGUUUGCUUUUCUUUUUGUAAGCAAUUCCAGUUCCUUGU